AUGGAAACCGCUCUUCGCGUCGUCGAUACCGUCAAGAACUUCCGUGAGACGCGUCUCAGUGCGCUGCGCCCUCCGCAAGAAUUCUUUGACUACAACCGCAUCUCGCGCCCCGGCGACUUCUCCGUUGCCGUUCAGCGCAUAUCUUACAACACCCGUUACUUCUCUGGCAACUAUGGGUUGAUCGUUGCGGCACUUGCCGUAUAUGCACUCAUUACGAGCCCGUUGCUGCUCAUCGCCAUUGGCUUCCUUGUUGGCGGCUUCGCAGCGAUCAACAAAUGGGCUCCAGAGCCGAUGCAGGUCGGCGAGCACGUCGUGACCCAAAAGUCACUAUACACCGCUCUCUUCGUGAUCGGCAUCCCGCUUCUCUGGUGGGCAUCCCCCAUCUCCGUAUUCUUCUGGUUGAUCGGCGCCAGCGCCGUUCUCAUUAUCGGUCAUGCUUGCAUGGUCGAGCCUGGAAUCGAGUCGGAGUAUGCUACUGUUCAGGAGGCCGUCUAA